AGCCAAAAUUCAGAGUCAACCGAAGGACUCCAAAAUAAAUACUGAAGGACAGCUGAGCGAGGGAUGAACGGCCGGCUGAUCCUGAAGCAGCUUCCGAACCACUUGGUCUUCCGCAUCCUGCACUAUUCCCUGAUUUCCCAGCAGUUGCGGGACGAACUAGGAGUUUGUGCAGGAUCGUUGAGGUUAAAAGGGGGCGGAAGCAAGGCUUUGGAGUGGCAACCCUUCGUCCUGUGGCUGGCCAACCUGUUGCUGAACUACGCAGGCGAUAUCCUGGGAAACCUGCUGCUCGGCAGUCUGCCUCUGGAACCACUCUGCAAUACCGCAGAUAUCCUGCUUAGCUCGGUUAUCUGGUACUGCAUCUUUUACUGUCCCUUUGAUCUGGCAUACAAUCUGGCCAGCACAAUGGCUUUUCGCAUCCUGGCCACCGCCAUGUCGACGAUCAGCCAGAUUCAGCUGAUCGACCGAGGAGUUCAUUUGGCAGGACAAGUGUAUGGAAAUGCUCCUGUUCCAAUGCUAAUAGUUGGUACUGUCAUGGGAAGUGGAGCAGAGGCUCUGACGCCGGUGGCUAGUCUUUUGAUCAACAGAUGUCAGCACAACCAGUUGGCUUACCUCAAGCUAAACAACAACUCGAAGCUGGCGCUGAUCCUGUCCUGCUUUUUCAUCCUGGAGAUCUACCAAAGUCCUCUGAUUCUGGGUCUCUCGCGUCAUAGUCUAAUAGUCUACACCCUGGUGAUGACCAUUGCCUUGAAGUUCCUGUCGCUGACCUAUCGAACGGACCAUUUUAUAUGGCUAUUGGAGCACCAGAUACGAUAUAUCUUAUUUGGCGGGCUCUCGAGGGAUUUGAGCAAGUUCUUUCAACGCCUGCCGAAGCCUGAAGUCCGGCGAACGUGGGCGUUCUCUGAAUUCGAUUGAAGCCCUCGUGGGUAUUGCGUAAUCUUAACCCCCUCCCCCACUUCUCCACCAGAUUGAGGGGGGUGCGAGUGGGGUGGGGGCGUAUGAUUUAAGCGGCUUAAGUUACCGCCUCGUCCAGC